UAUGCAACUGCUUGACAUAAAAAUUCCGUAGAUAACGUGUUAAUAAAAUAUAGUUUAUUUAAGAAGAUUAUUGGAAUAAUGUUCUGCAAACGCUUUAAUAGAUAAAAAUUAUAUUGAACAUAAGAAAACAGCGCGAAAAGAAAUGUGCGACAAGUAUGUCAUUGGUUAUUCGAUAUCCGAAAAAAAGCGACAGAAAUUUAAUUGGAAUGAUUUUUAUAGUAUUUGUGAGUCUGAAGGAUUUCUAUUAAAAAUGAUUGAUAUUAACUCUGAUCUUGAAUCUCAGGGACCAUUUCAUGUUUUUAUACAUAAACUGACAGAUAAAUUUGCACAUGCUGAAAAUGGUGACCAAAAUGCCAAAGCAAUUAUUUCAAGAAUAAAUGAGUACUUCUGCCAACAUCCUGAAAUAAUAGUUAUUGACUCUUUAGAUAAUAUUAAGAUUUUAAUAAAUCGUUAUAAAUCAUAUGAAAUCUUACAAGAACACUUACAACUCAAUGAUGUAUUUACUCCAAGAUUUAUAGAAAUUAAAAGCAAAAGUAACAUUGACAAUAUGUCAAUGUUAAAAAUGGCAGGUAUCAAGUUUCCAUUUAUUUGCAAACCACUUGUUGCUCAAGGUUCCAAUGAUGCGCAUAAGAUGAUGGUGAUUUUCAAUGAACAAGGUUUGAAUGAUUGUCUGCCACCUUGUGUGGCUCAAGAAUUUAUCAAUCAUAAUGCGAUUCUUUACAAAAUAUACAUAGUUGGGGAACACUUUCAUGUUGUUGAGAGACCCAGUUUCAAGAAUUUUUAUGAAGAAGACUGUACCAUACUGAAUACAAUAUUUUUUAGAUCUCAUGAUAUAUCUAAAAGUGAUUCUAGAUCUAAAUGGUCAAUUUUGUCAGAAGAAGACAUUCCAUUAACAGUAAAGCCAAAACAUGAAAUAUUAGAAAAGAUUGUCAAGAAAAUCACAGAACUUUUUGGACUUCUUUUGGUUGGUGUAGAUGUUGUUAUCGAAAAUCAUACUGGAAAAUAUGCAAUAAUAGAUGUAAAUAUAUUUCCUGGAUAUGAUAGUUAUCCUAAUUUUUUUGAACAAUUAAUAACCUGUAUUAAAAAACUAUCGAUUGGACAGAAAAAAUCACAGCAACACUCGAAAAUUUAUAUGUUAAAAAAGUGUUUAAGCGAUGACUUAGAUUCCGGUUUUGAAAGUGAUGAAAAAAAGAAAUAUUCUAUAAAGACAAAUAAAUAA